UGUGAAUUUAAAAUUUUGUUUUUUUUCAAAUGAUUUAUUAUACUCAAAUUUUUAUUUUUUUCUCAUAGUAAAAUAAACUUGAAAAUAAUUUGCUGUUUUAUUUUCACUUUUUAAAUUUUGUUUUUAUAAUAUUAGUGUUAAUAUUUCAAAAUGUUUUGUAAUACAAGAAUAUCCUGUUUCACCUACCAAUUGCUGAGAUUACAAAGUAAUAAACUACAUACAACUGCACUAAAGCUUGAUAGUCAAAAAACUGAAAAAACAAUAAAUCAAGUAACACUACUUGGUAGAGUUGGUGCUGAUCCUCAAAAGCGAGGUUCCGAAGAGCAUCCAGUUGUGAAUUUUCCUCUUGCUACUCAUUUUAGUUAUAAAUAUGAGUCAGGAGAUAUAUUACAACGAACUGAUUGGCACAGAGUCAGCAUUUUUAAACCGGGUCUCCGUGAUACAGUAUAUAAAUAUCUAAAAAAAGGCCAAAGAGUAUAUGUUACUGGUAAACUGUCAUAUGGUGAAGUGAAACUUGAUGAUGGCCAAGUUCGAACAGCAUCUACUGUUGUUGCUGAUGAUAUUAUAUUUUUCCAAGGACAGCCAUUAGAAAAUUAAUGAAAUAGUUUUUUAAGAACUAGGCAUCAGAAGUUUGGUAUACAGAAGCUAAAGUAAAUCAGAUUUUUACAAACAAGUUGAAAGUUUAAGUGUAAUAAGCAUUCCCAAUGUAAUUAGUUAAAUCUCUAUAUCUGAAUCUCUCUGUAAUCUUUAUAUCAUAACUAAUUAAAUCUAUUUUUACUUAGUUUCCAAUAAUAUUUUUAAUAUAAUAAUUUUUUCCAAUAAUAUACAUUUGUGUAACAGCUAAACCAUAUUAAUUAUAGGAUUUUGGGAGUACUUAUGAAAUUUAUAUACAUUACACACAAGUUAUAUGUUUAGAUGAUUUAAAGCUUGUGAUGUCAAUUUCUCAUGAAUGUCGUUACUUAUGUUAAUUAGUGUGUAAGUACAAUGUGAUUUAAUUUGCUUGUGAUAAAUAAAAGCAGAUACCAUUUUAACGAAGUUGGUG